AUGUCUCGGUGCUUUCCAUACCCUCCUCCGGGCUAUGAGAAGAGCUUGGCCUUGAUCGAGUCUAUAAAGGUUUGUGUCGUUGAGCCAUGACAAACACCUAAUUGCUGCCCGUGCAAUUCGUCUGGUGCGAUUCUUGUUGUUCUCGGCUCUUGGAAAUCUGAUGGCACCAUUGAUAGCUGGGGUUUCUCUCUGUUGAUGUGUACAUGAGGCCGAGAGGGAGAAAUGACUGGAGACGUCGCAAGAAGUCUGAAAGCGGAGACGCACACCGUUAUUUAUCGCUGUCGUUCUUGCUCUAUCGAAGGGUCUUCCCUAUGAUACUGAUGGGCUCUGUGUCGCGCCGUGCUUUCUAGUAGAUAUAGUUGGAUAUUUUGAGGAUCCUUUGGAUGCCGGUAACAGGGAUUUAGGUCAGGUUUGGGAGGAGCUUCCGUGCAUGACGCAAAUAAUUUCUACAUAAGCCUUGAUCGUUAGCUGUUUGAUAUAGAACCGGGAGUGGUGAUAUUGUUGCAUGAGUCUUUCACCUUGGAAUUUUAUUGAGGCACACGAUGUGAUACCCCUAUACAAUCAGUUUUUAAGUUACUCGACUGCUUAAGGUUUAGAUUCUUUCCCCCGUCCUGUGCCAUAUUUGUAGACCUAAUAAUCAGUCCGGACCAGAUAAUUAGGUCGACGAGAAAUCCUCAAUUAUAGAUGAAGGAUAGUUUUCCAUGUUAUGCGUCAUUUUUUUGGUUGAUUGAACGUGAUAUUUGGUUCCGGAGCUUGUUAUUGAUAGAAGUCUUGAAUGCAACCGCAGAAUGCUUCUGAAAUCAGUGGCCUUAGAUUUCGUAUCAGUAGAUUAGGAAUAUGCCAUUUCAUCAGGUGCAGCUGCACGGAAUCUUGAUCGAAAUGGAUCAAUAUUUUUCUGUGAGGUUGAUUCUGAGAAGCAGAGGGGGUUUACAUGUUGAUGGAAUGUAGUCGUUGGUUUAAUUCAGCGAUGGCAUCCAUGAGAGUGCAAAUUCUGUAGCCAUUCAAUUGGUGUUUCUAUUCAGUUAUUCAAGCUUCUGGUGGCAUGUUUUAUGGAUUGGAAAAUGAAGGAAGAUAUGUGCAAUAGAUAGCCCUAUCAUUUUUUUAACGCAUGUCAACCUGUGUGGAUUCUGUUGCCAAUCAAGGGGCUUGAACCUUUUGGACUGGCUUAUUGAAUAUUUACAAUAUAAGCAGUCUUUCAUUCCUGUCAUUUUAAGGAAGGUUUUACAGAGCUGUCUUGGGAAAAUUUCAUAUUCUCGGAGCAAUGGGAAUUGCGCAUAAGGGACUAGAAUUGUGUGAUCCUAGCGCGUGUGGGUACUUAUUUACUCCGAUGAAGCUUGUAGAAUAUUGUCAAAAUUUUAGAAUGUCCUUGUAGACGAUGUUUGGAUCAACUUUCUUGAAUCGUAGAAUGUCCUUGAUGCCGAUUUUAAUUGGCAAGAUAUGCGAGCCAAUUACCUGCGAUUUAUUUGAACAUUGUCUUGUCUAGUUAAAUUAGCAAUUCAGACUAAUGAUAAUUUUUCACAAAAUUGUUGUGGUUCGUGUGUACUCACAAAAGUAUUGUACGCCUUAAUUGUCCUGUUAUGUCAGGGUAUUUGCAAAUCUAUUAGUGUAUUUCUUGUGGUUAUUUUCAAAUUUGAAACUUUCUAGAUGGUGCAACUCCAUCUUUUCUAAGAGAGAUGUGUCUACCUGUAAAAACUGGUCUGUUGAUUUAUUUGAGUGAACUUCCCCACAAUUUUCAACUUUUCAGUCUCUGUAUGGUUUUGUAUGAUGGGGAACUUAUCAUCAUUGUGUAAAAGACUACAAAGUUUUUCUCAGAAAGAACAUGAGAAUGUAUCCGGACAAAUAAUUCUUUGUGCUGACAAGCAAACCUUUUGAAUAUGCUGGGUCCCCACUGUCGCACCAUCUCUCCUUUCUUAUGCUUUCACUGCUUCUGUCUAUUCCUUUCCGGAAUUGACAAAUUCUGGUGCUGUGAAGCUCCAGAAAGGAAGGGAGAAGACAGAGAAAGAAAGGAAGAAAGAGAAGAGAAGGGAAAAGAAAGAGAAAAAGGAUAAGUCUAAGGGGGAUAAGGUAAAGACUGAAGAUAAGAAGCAUGGCCACAAGAAGAGGCACCGUGAGGAGUCAAGCAAGUCAACACAUAAAGCAGGGGACUACAAGCAGACUGCAGAAGAUGAGAACGAACAGCUGGAGAGGAGCAGCCUCACAGAGGAGCACGGAUGCCCCGUGGCGAUUCAGAACCUCUAUGAUUCUUCAGACAGCACCCAAAACAGCAGCAAGAGAGCCAAGCUGGAUUUCUCCGAGACCACCACCCAAAACACCCUCAAGAGAAGCCAGCAGGAUUUCUCUGAUGCUGUCACCACCACCACCCAGAACACCGUCAAGAAAAGCCAGCAGGAUUUCUCUGAUACUACCACCUCACAUGGUAAGCCCUUCGUGUUCUAACUCUCUCUCCCCCUCUCCCUCCCUCCCUCCCUCCCUCUCUCCUCUUAUUAAUGUCAUGCCCUUGGAACGCUAAUCCUCGCCUUUCUCCAAUGAUCAGGAAGCGGGAUCCGGAUUCGGCUGCCAUUGCUGAGACACAAGGAUGUAGAAUCCCCCACCUCCAGCGAGCAACCAUGUUUCUCAGGGAGAACAACACCAAGCUCGGCAGCUCCUCCCAAGGAAAAGCUAAAGAUCCCCGGGCAUUCCACCGUCCCCCGUCCGCCUUCUUCCUCGUCGGGGCAGCCAUGCUUCUCAGGGAGGAUCGAGACCACCACACCAUCGGAAGCAUCAUCAUCUCAUGCCAAAUCUGCCCUUCCGGAGCCGAGCGUAGCUCAUCCCGCUGCCACUACAGUCUGCGAGAGCAGCAGCGUUAGCCGCAGAAGCAGCCGCGCCCGCGACAUGGAUCGGCAGUACAAAAAGUUGAUAGGGGACUGGAUGCCGCCCCUUCUCCUGACGGAGAGCCCAUUUGACGAAGACCUCGACUGGCUCAUGGCUGGAGCCUCCAGCAAGCCGCGCCUGGCCCCCGCCGCCGCUGCCGGCGAAGGGCCGCUGCAUUGCGUGGGGCCUGCCUCCGCCCGGGCCAGCUACAUCCCCGAGUACGGAAUCCACGUGCUGCCCUACGUGGUGCCUUUCUAA